AAAAGGCGUCCACUGUUCGGUGACGUCACUUCCGGCCGCCAUUUGACUUGACGGGGCGGCAGCAUGACGGACCGCUACACCAUCCACAGCCAGCUGGAGCAUCUCCAGUCCAAGUACAUCGGGACGGGCCACGCCGACACCACCAAGUGGGAGUGGCUGGUGAACCAGCAUCGCGACUCGUACUGCUCCUACAUGGGCCACUUCGACCUGCUCAACUACUUCGCCAUCGCCGAGAAUGAGAGCAAGGCGCGCGUCCGCUUCAACCUCAUGGAGAAGAUGCUGCAGCCCUGCGGGCCGCCCGCCGACAAGCCUGAUGAGUCCUAGCCCGGCGCCCUGCCCGCCGACCCCUGCCCCGGCCCCGCUGUGACGCCGCACACCGCGGGGAGAUGGACGGAGUCGCCCCGAUCCUCGUGUCCCGCGUCCUGUGUUCGGCGAAGGGUGCUGGAGGGAGAAGGAAGCCCUGUAAAACGCCCGCUCUUGGACACUUCCGUUUCUCUUAGUUGUACAGCUGUUUGCCCUGUAUUUUUUUUUUUAAUGGGAAAUAAAACCUGGGCAUUUCUAACGUCUUGUGUGGUAAUCUGCUGACAAGAGCUCUUGGUUCUAAAGAGAAUGCUGAUCAGUGCAGCUGUCCAGAUGCUUAACAGAUAGCAUGAUAGCAUCUUCCCAGCCCCACUGACUGGUACUUGCUCACUAGCACUGUAUGCUGGGAGGGAGAGGAGGAAGCCUGUCGGCACUGAAAGUGUUUGAUUUGUUGUUAGCAUUUCUUGAAUGAUCUGUGAUUAAAAUACAGGUCCAUUGCUUAAAGGCACUUAAACUUAAUAGAGACUUUUCUUUGUGUACUGUUUUGUGCGUCAUUUUCCUUUCCCCUGUGUGUUGCAUUUUCCAAAUCUUUAUUGUCUCUAUUCCAGUUUAGCUUCUUUUUUACAUAUGUUUGUAGCCAUCUAGUGAUUAAAAACGUUUCCAUGAUUCGCUACGCAAGUGAGUAUGAAUGUGGGGUUUAGGCACUGUAAACCAUUUUGCCAAAUGACCUCUCAACAUUUUUCCUUCCUGCGAGCUAAAAAAAAAAAUAAUUAUUUAUUACUACUUUGAAGUAAAAUGCCUAGAAAUCCCUAUGAGGUGACUGUCACUUUAGUUAUAUUCAGACUGCAAACAGAACGGGUGUCAGGUUUGUCACCUAAAGUAGGCUUUCUCUUAUUGUAGUAAAAAUAAAUUCUGAUUUCUAAUAGAAAGCCUCAAAGUAAAGCAUAGUUAAGGCUGUAUGCAAGUUUACCAAUGACGUUUUUGAGGUUGGUGAUCUCAAAACUUCUGGGCAAUAAAAACCUCAUAACUCUUUACUGAGCCUUUUAAAACUAAGCUGUUCAAACUACUGAAGUAAGAAUAAGUGCAUACGUUCCAAAGGUCACAUUCAAGCCACGAUACCCAUCUGAUGAACUCAGGAAAUAGCAUUUUGUUUUGUGUUGUUUUUUUUUUUGUUGUUGUUGCACAUACUACAAGAGCAAAGAUUAAAUGAUCCUAAAUAAAUGUAACCUGCCAGAUUUGUGGGGGACUGCAGUUUUUAAGACAUUAAUUUGUAGAAGUAGUUUUUAGAAAAGUCCUCUUUUGCACUUUUCGGUGCAGUUCAUCUUUAAAAUUGGUAUUUUCGGGAGGGUUAUGUAGUACUUCAAAAUCAGUGUAGCAGAACAGCUUGAAAUAGAUGUGCAAGCUGAUGCAGGUAAUUUGAAGAGAAUCAAUUCCUUACCAACAAUGGAACAUGGCUGAAAGAUUUUCCUUGAAUGAGAUGAGAUAUUUAAAAGUGGAUAUGCAAUACAGUUUUACAAAAAUGAAGCAAAACUCAUAUUUAAAUAAA